AAAGCAGUAAACAGCUGGCAUGUGAUUGUUAGACCGUUGGGAUUUGGGUGCACAGCUGUACACGUACAACAAUCUUGAAAGAUCGAACAGGAAGCGGAUACGCUAACUUUCAGGAGGACGUACGAGUAAAUAACUUUCCGAGAUGAAAAUAUUGCAGAAGGGGCGGUGCUAGCAGGUUACAAAGAUCGAUGAUAUUGUGAUUUUUCAGUUUGACUUUGGCUAGUCCACUGACAUGUUUAGACUUUUGUCGUGUUGUUGCUCUUUUGGAGGCUUGGGAUUACAUAUGUAAUAAUGUAAUGGAUAAGGAAAAUGUUGAUGACGAUGAAUCAAGACGAGUUUCUCAAGGAAAAGAUAGAUUUGGAUUUACGAAGCUGGAACUUGGUUCUACUGAUGUUAUAGUUAAAAGCACGCCACCGUUUAAGUAUGACAGAUUUUCCAGGGAGGAAAGGAGGAAUAGAAAAUGGCGUAGAAUGAUUGGAAUUGGAAGCAGUGAUUGGAAGUAUUAUGCCAGGAGGAAACCACAUGUUGUCAAGCGGCGAAUAAGAAAGGGAAUCCCAGAUUGUAUGAGAGGUCUUGUUUGGCAGUUGAUCUCAGGAAGUAGGGACCUUUUGUUAAUGAAUCCUGGUGUUUAUGAGCAACUUGUUAUAUAUGAGACUUCAGCAUCAGAGCUAGAUAUUAUUCGUGAUAUUUCACGCACAUUCCCCACACAUGUUUUCUUCCAACAAAGACAUGGUCCUGGUCAGAGGUCCCUCUACAACGUUUUAAAGGCAUACUCUGUCUAUGAUAAAAAUGUUGGUUAUGUGCAGGGGAUGGGGUGUCUUGCUGGGUUGUUGCUCCUUUACAUGUGCGAAGAAGAUGCAUUUUGGCUAAUAGUUGCAUUACUUAAAGGAGCAGUUCAUGCCCCAAUGGAAGGAUUAUAUUUGGCGGGGUUGCCUCUCGUGCAACAAUACCUUUUCCAGUUUGAACAGCUAGUAAGGGUGCACUUGCCAAUGUUGGGAGAACAUUUUACUCAAGAAAUGAUAAACCCUAGUAUGUAUGCAAGCCAGUGGUUCAUUACUGUUUUCUCAUAUUCUUUCCCAUUUCCUUUGGCCCUUCGUAUUUGGGAUGUUUUUCUCUAUGAGGGUGUCCAUAUUGUUUUUAAAGUCGGGCUGGCCCUUCUGAAAUAUUGCCAUGAUGACUUGGUAAAAUUACCUUUUGAGACACUCAUACAUGCUCUGCGUAACUUUCCUGAGGAUGCAAUGAACCCAGAUACUCUAUUACCAAUGGCCUAUUCAAUCAAGGUGUCGGAGCUCUUGGAGGACCUAAAGCAGAAGUAUGAACAAAAAAAUGGGAAGCUUCCUGGAUCCGGUAUAAAUCAAAAGCAGGAGCCUCCAUAAAUCUGUGAUCACUUAUGUCCCUCAUUUUCAGCUGGAACGUAAAUAUCAAGGGGAUGGAAAACACGUUGUGAUGCAAAUCAUUUUGCACCAGAUUCUAUCCAUUCUGUUACCAUUUUAUGUAUUGUUUAUCAAAAAGACAUUAUAACUAAAAUCCCAGCUAAUUUAUCUGAUUGAGCUGUAAAGCUUAGGUUGGAACUAAGCCAAUAAUCAAUAAGAUCAGCAUUAUGAGGGGGCAGAAAGUCUUCAUAUACUACGAUAGUUAAGAAAUAUGUAGCAUCUGCUUAUAUGAUUAUGUGAAUAUUUAGUGAUCCUUAAACAUUUCAGAAAUUAAGUGAAUAGCUAGGACUUGAUAAAUUUUUUUUGGGUAUAUAUAUGUGAUUAUGUAUUAGAGAUAA